AGGGUUUUUAAUUUUUUGAUUGUGGAUGCUCUUUAAUUGUUGGAUUGACCGGAGGCUUGCGAUUGCACCUGGAGUCGGGAUUUUGAAUUUCGCUCCAAAGGCCGCCGACCGUGUUGGAAUUUUAGGCCUUUUGGAGGCGGGAAGACUCGUGUUUAGUUGUUUCAGUUUCUCAUCCUCGCCCAGAAAAACGAGGUCAACGAAUUGUUGUUUGGAGAUUGGGGGUUCAGCCGGCACCUAUUGUUAUAAACUGGAGUUUUCACAAUGUUGGAUGUGAAUCAUAGUCGGGUUAACAUAUCUAGCCCUUUUUUCCACCUAGCUGAAUGGCAUCCUUUAGAAUAGCGUCGCUUAACAGGGCUUGAAGCCCUCUCCUCCCUCUGAAAUCAGGGUCAGCAGAGAAUAUAGCUGUUAGGUGUUUUCUUUGGGCGUUUGAGGACAUAUAUACGGCUGAGUGUUUAGGUCUGAAUGUUCAAAAAGGGUUUCUCUAUUGCAACAGCGAUGGGCUGCUGUGGUUGCUUUGGUUUCAUAAGAAAAUUCAAACAGCGCAGAAAUCAGUCUGGCAAUAAGAGUAGUCUCUCUCAGGAGCCAUUGUUGGAUGAAACUGAAGACAGAGAUGAUGAUGGAUCCUAUAACGGUGAUGUUACUGACACCAUCAGUGGAGACGAUAGUGAAGUUCCAAUUUGUGCCAAACGUUCUGAGGAAAUUUUGAUGAUGAGAGAAGAGAAAGAUAUGAUUUGUAGGCAGUUUCCUGUUAAGGAAACUCACAAAGUUGUUCGCGCAGAGGAUGAAAAUGGUAACAAGAUGGUAAAUGAAUAUGUUCGGGAGUACAAGAUUGGUUCUGGUAGUUAUGGGAAAGUGGUUUUAUACCGAAGCCGUGUAGAUGGAAGGCAUUAUGCAAUCAAGGCCUUUCAUAAGUCUCAUUUACAGAAGCUUCGAGUCGCACCCUCAGAGACUGCCAUGACUGAUGUUCUGCGGGAGGUACUCAUCAUGAAAAUGCUGGAACAUCCUAACAUAGUCAAUCUCAUUGAGGUGAUUGAUGACCCAGAAUCAGAUCACUUCUACAUGGUACUUGAAUAUGUAGAAGGCAAAUGGGUUUGUGAGGGUUCAGGUCCUUCUUGUAGCUUGGGUGAGGAGACUGCUAGGAAAUACUUGCGUGAUAUAGUUUCAGGAUUAAGAUACCUUCAUGCUCAUAAUAUAGUGCACGGGGAUAUUAAACCUGAUAAUCUGUUGGUUACACGUCAUGGUACGGUAAAGAUUGGGGAUUUCAGUGUCAGCCAGGCUUUUGAGGAUGACAAUGAUGAGCUUCGCCGGUCACCUGGGACACCUGUUUUCACUGCUCCAGAAUGUUGCUUAGGCCUUACCUAUAAUGGUAAAGCUGCGGACACUUGGGCAGUUGGAGUUACUUUGUACUGCAUGAUUUUGGGUGAAUACCCAUUUCUUGGAGACACACUUCAAGACACUUAUGACAAAAUUGUCAAUAAUCCUUUAGUGCUCCCCGAUGAUUUGAAUCCCCAAAUAAGGAACUUACUGGAAGGAUUACUUUGCAAAGAUCCAAAUCAUCGGAUGACAUUGGAUGAUGUUGCACAGCAUAGUUGGGUUAUUGGAGAUGAUGGGCCAAUUCCUGAAUAUUUGUGUUGGUGCAAACGCAAGAGAUUAGGAGCAGAAGACUUGAAAUAGCAGCAACAUAUUUGCCUGACCUAUACUGACUUUUUAUCUCGUUUAUGUACAUUGAAAAAGCCUGGACUUGCCCUCUUACUCUAUGGAGUCUUUUAUGGUUGGAGGGACAGACUUCCAGGAACUCUUCAUAUGACUCAUUCUGGCUGGCAAUGGCAAGGAAGGAACGGGAGAAAUGAUUGUUCGUUUUUGUUAUGAAAUUUGUAUAUAAGAGACUUCAUGAUUCUAUUGUUGCAUUUGUCAAGUUUUGAGUUCGAGUACUAUCUGUAUCCGAGCGAAAUAUUGAUUUUAUCUUGUGUUAUAUGCCCCCCUAGUUACGCAUUUCCAUUUGCUCAAAAGGACAAGUUACAGUAUUAUUAUUAGUGGUUGGUUAACAAUAUGUUUAGUGAAUUUUCAUGAGCACAAUUUAACUGUCAUUCCC